AUGCAGGAGGUGGAUGGGAGGAGCGGCUGGGGAGGGAGACGAAUGCAGCAGCCAGAGCUGGGAGCAGCCAGGCUGCUCUGCCUGCCGUCCAAGCCCAGAUCCAGCCAGGGAGCCCAAGAGCCAGGGGUGACUUUUGGUUUAAAAGAGCGGCAUCCGAUGGUGGUGAGGGCCACAAUCAGCGCUUUGGGCUUCCUUAGCCUGAGGGAGGCCUUUUCUCUUCGGAGGGUGGGACCCCCCACCCCCCAGCCACCCGCGUCCAAGGCGCCUAGAGAAGAGCCGGGCUCAGCAGCCGCCUUGUGUCCGGUGGAGGCUGGCCGCGGGAGAAACCGUCUGAGUGCUCAGGGUGUCCCGGCUGCCCGUGCCCCGCAGGUCUUCGGCCACCGGCGCGGGGCGAUGCCGGCCUCGUCCACCAUCCACGUGCUGCAGCUGCUGCGGGAGCUGCUGGCCUUCGUGCUGCUCAGCUACACGGUGCUCCUGGGCGCGCUGCUGCUGGCCGGCUGGACCACCUACUUCCUGGUGCUGAAGUGA